ACUGCAGACAUAGUACAGAAAAUAACAGAGACUGAAGACACAGUACAGGAGAUACCAGAGACACAAACACACAGUAGUUUGCGGACACAGUUUUGGGACACAGUGGUGACCAGAGACUGGGACACAGUACAGGAGAUGACCAGAGACUGCGGAAGUACAGAAGACCAGAACACAGUACCUGCGGACACAGUGGGAUGAAAGACACACAGUACAGGGGAUGGCAGACUGCGGAAAACAUUAAACUGCGGACACAGUACAGGGGAUGACAGAGAUGCGGACCUCUAGACAACAUACAGGGGAUGACCAGAGUACUGCGGACACAAGACUGCCAGACACU